UUUAUUUUAUGAUUUAAGAUUGUUUUAAAAUAACUCGUUAGCAACUCCACAGAAAUAUUUUCCUUUGAAAAUAAAUUGAAAGUUUUCUUAAUAUUAAAAAUAUUUUAAGAUUGGAUUAAUCUCCAAUAAAUUUUGUGUUAAAAGAACCACCACAACGCAAACACUCCUACAACAGAAAAUGGACUCUUCCAAUUGGUAUUGCACUCAUGACAUCUCAUUCGUGAUAUUAAUAACAGGGCAGUCUCACGUAAGGUUGUCAGAAAAGCAAGCAUUCUUAAGGCAAGACACCAAAUACAAAAGGAUCGUUACUGACUGAAGACGCCAGUGAAGUGCCACCCUAACCUUCAAGAUGCCCCUGACAGGGACCAAAGCCCUGUUGGUGUGGGCCCAGAGAACCACUGAAGGCUACAGGGACGUCAAGGUUGCCAAUAUGCAGAAAUCAUGGAAGGAUGGGCUGGCUUUCUGUGCCAUUUUACAUCAUUACCGCCCAGAUCUAAUAGAUUUCAAUUCCUUGUCGAAGGAGAAUGUGCGACAGAAUAAUGCAUUGGCAUUUGAUGUUGCCGAGCAGGAGCUUGGUAUUCCUGCUUUACUGGACCCUGAUGAUAUGGCAGUCAUGACUGUUCCAGAUAAACUCAGUGUCAUGACCUACGUCUCACAGUACUACAACUACUUCAAAGAUAAGAAACCAGUGAAAGACGAUGGUGGUCCUAAGACAAGAAUGCCUUCCAAGAGAGCAGCAGAGGACUCCCCUAUAAACCAGGUGGCAAGUAAGCAGCCAUCACGUGGAGAUAGUUGUGGCAUCUGUGACAAGAAGGUCUACCUCAUGGAGAGGCAGGUAGCAGAUGGGAAGAUCUACCACCGUAACUGCUUCCGUUGCAACAAAUGCAGAACAACACUGAGGCCUGGUUCGUACAAGAGCACCAGCGACCCCAAGCAGUUUGAGUGCCUGCAGCAUGGAGACAACAUAUGGAAACUGAGGUCGAACAUGUCCAGCCGUGCUGCCAAGGAGAACAAACAGCCGAGUGACAGUGGCAGCAGUGGGAUAUGGGAGACAAGAUCGGGGGUAAAACCAGCUGUGGUAAAGGAAGACCAAGGAGGUAGCAUUUGGGGGACGAGGCAAGGGGCAUCACCAGCAGCAACAAAGGAGGUUUCUAAACCAAGCCAAGGAAAUGGUAUAUCGGACACUCAACAAGGAACAAAACCAUUUCCUGUCAAGAAAGACAAAGAUGAAAGAAAUGCAGCUUCACUGUCUGAAAAGUCUACAACUCAAGGUGUACAGCCUCAAAAUCGGGUAUCUCCACCUAGUUCAGCUAUACCCAUGCAUCCACACUUGCUGGCAAGUAAAGCAUCUAGAGAAAGAUUUAACAGUCCAAUGCCUGCAUCCCAAAUGACAAAGCAGCAGCCACAAAAAGAAGAUAGUAACCCUUUUGGGUCGUCAUCAGAGACACCAAAGAAAAUAAGCCCCAAUGGUGUACAGGAUGAGGAGACAAGGCUUGGCCUGUUGGCCUCCCUUGCUGCUGUUAGAGGUAACUCAAAGCCAGGCACAGCUUCAAUAGAGGACUUGAGUGAUGCUUUGGAAGGGAACACAGGUCAGAAACUGGCCGAUGAGGGAGAUUCUCGGGAAGCCAGCCCAUCUGGAUCACGUAAGGACUUGACCACACAGGAUCAAGCUAAGAGCCAAGAUAUCAACUCAGAACCAAAUGGGCAUGACGAAGUCUUAUCUGUGACCACCAAAACAAGUGAACCAGAAUCGCCCUUUAUGGAUUCGGCUAACAGAGAUAGCAUACUGACUUCUUCUGACGUCCUAAGCCUAACAAGCUUGAGUUCCAUUAGUCAAAUGGGUACUUCAGAAACAAGUAGUUUGGACACUGAACAAUUUGCCAAUGAAAUCGAAGCAGAGAAUCGAUCGUCGAUGGUGAAAAGCUCCCGAUACAGCAGUGGGGCUGAUGAAGAGGCAGUAGUAAACCUCUCUGAUUCCUUCUGUCAGGGAUUCAACAAGGACAGGGUCGAAGGCGACACUGCAAGCACCGCGUCUGCCACAGAAUCCGAUAUUGCCCCAAUACAAAUUACCGUAGAAGUGGACAAUUCCAAAGAGCCUGUGAAUGAUAGCCCAGAAAUCAGAAAGGAUUCUCCAGUACCAACAAAAGGUACUCCAGAGGCAGAGACCGGAAGCAAGAAAAAGUCAAAGUCUGGGGACUAUGAUGAGAGUCUUAAUCCAUUUGGUGAUGAUGAUGAAGGUGAAGAUGAAGAGCAACCUGAGAAGGAAGACACAGGGUACAAGAAUCCAUUUGAUGACUCUGAUUCUGAAGAAAAUGAGAAGGGGGAUUACGACAAUGAUCUGAAUCCAUUCGGGGAUGCUGAUGACGAUGAACCCACUGAAGGGGGGCCUGUCACUCAGUGGCCACCACUCCCUGCGGGUACCAAACUCCAAUCGGAGAUUCCCAGUCAACAGGGGUCAUACAAGGUCAAAACCAGACAGGACAUACUACGAGAGAUGCAGCGUGAUCGAAACACACUGAAGAAAAGCCAGAAACGUCGCGCCCCACCCAGGCCCCAGGAAAUACCAGGUAGGCCCAUGGAAAGUCCAGGGAAGACUCCACCCUCCGAAACCGCAGGAGCUGCAGGGCUAGCCAGAGCCCCGCCUAGAUCAACGAAGAGCAGACCUGCCCCUACACCACCCAAGGAGAACGGGCAACCCUCAGAGAGUAAAGUGCACCCAGACAAGCCUUCGCCGUUCCAGCCCAGAAUUUAUGAGCCCAGAGCAUAUUCUGUGGGUAGCAAACCGAUGCCCUCUCCCAGAACCAAGAAACACAUCAUUCCAGGCAAAGAGGACAAUGGCAGGAUUUCACCGAUCCCUGCACCAAGGAGAAAAAUCUCUGAAGGUGCACAAAAGGUGGAAGACGGGGAAGGACCAGUUCCAUCUCCGAGACAACGUAGAGCUACUGACGCUACUAACGACAAAACAAAAUUCAAGCCUUCACGGCCUUUGACAGCGCCUCCAAGACCCCCUAGCCGAUCGCCCACGCAGGCAUCCAAGAAGCGAGCUCCUGCACCCCCACCCAUAAAGAGAGAGGUUGGUAAAGACCACAUGGAGCCGACAGUCAUUAUGAGGGAGUUGAAGGAGAUCGAGAUCAGACAACGUGACAAAGAAGCCAAGGGUGUUUCCCUUGAGAAGAAGCUACGGGAGGAUAUGAAAGGAAGUGAGGGGCAAGACAAUGAAGAUCUACUCAUCGAGUGGUUUGCACUCGUCAAUGAGAAGAACCAACUGGUUCGACGAGAAGGAGAACUAGUUGCUCAAGCUCAAAUGCAGGACUUGGAGCUCCAGCAGGCAGAGAUUGAGUAUGAGCUUCGUUGCCUCAUGCACAAGCACGAACACCAGAAGACGGACGCGGACGUGGUGCGAGAGGAGAAACUCUUAGAGAUGCUGGUGGAGGUGGUGACCAAGAGAAGCCAGAUCGUAGAGAGGCUCGAGGAUGACAGGAAGAGGGAACAGGCGGAGGACCAAGACAUUCAGAUCAUGAUGGAGCAGAGCGUGUUUGACAGGUAUUUCAUGUUUCGAAACAAUAGAUUAAGCAGGUUUGGACAAGAAGCACAAAGAGAAGAAGAAACAUAAGAAGAAAAAAAGCAUCGGCCUUCUUGGUAAAUAAGUUUUU